AUGGGGCCCAUUCCUAAAUCCAUCGUCGACGCACAUGUUCAUUUCUGGCAUCCUGAUAAAGUCAACGUGUCCUGGGUGAGAGGCAGCUCAUUCGAUACGCACAAAGACGCAACUGAAUACUCUGAACAAGUAAAGAAAGUGCAUGUGGAUAAAGCCAUUUAUGUAGAAACUGAUGUGGAUUGCCAUCACGGUCUAGUGGAGGCAGAUUGGAUCACACAAUACGCGGAGCAACUACAAUCAACCGAGGUAUUUGGAGGUAUUGGCGGCAUCGUAGCAUUCGCACCUGUUCAUCAAGGUGAUCAUGUAAACGGUUACCUGCGUACGUUAAUGCGUAUCACCAACAGCAGAUUAAAAGGUGUGCGUUACUUGAUCCAGGAUCCCACCAAGGAUCCUCAGCGGGUACUACAUGGCGACUUUAUUCGAGGUGUCCAGCUUCUGGAAUCGUAUAAUCUGAGUUUUGACUUGAACAUCAAUUGCAACGAUUCUCCUGAACAGUUUCCUCCUUUGAAAUCACUUGUAGCACAGUGUCCUCGUGUCCAAUUUGUGCUUGACCACAUGGGGAAGCCGCCUUGCGAUAGUCAACCGGGAGAUACGAGAUUUGAAUUCUGGAAAGAGCAAAUGCACGGUCUGAGUAGACUGGACAAUGUCUAUUGCAAGGUAUCAGGUCUCAUUACCGAGUUCAAGGUGGACGACCAUAAAACACAGGCCCAAGUGGCACAAUGGCUGGAGCCGUUCAUCCAGGUGGCCAGGGAUGCAUUUGGUAUUGACAGAUUAAUGUUUGGCGGUGAUUGGCCUGUGUGUGAGCUAUCAAAAUACGAAUUGAAGUGGCAGCAAUGGCUGGAAAUACUAUGCGACAUUAUAAAAGACUGGACAGAGGAGGAUAAGGAAAAAUUGUUUGUUGCAAAUGCUACUCGCUUUUACAAAUUGAAUCAUACCAAGUAA